AACAGUUUGCGAUAGAAUUUAGACCGGAGAUCGUUAUGUACGAUGAUAGAGCCGCCCCUUGAGUCUGAUGCGACAGGCACUACGGAAGAAGACUGGGAGAUUUUCAAAAAAUUGACGGAGACGACCAAGAUGGACGAGCAGGAAGUAGACGUUACCACUUCCCUGCGAAGCGAACUCGCCGCCUUGCAGUACAAAAGGGACCGGUUGACCGCGGACUUGGAAGAAAUGAGGUCCCAAGUGAGAUCUCGCGAUCAGAGGUGCCUGGAACUGCAGGUAGAAGCCGACCAGCUUCGGGAACAGGUCGCGAGGCAGAGCGCCGUCAUAAGCUCGCUAAAGAAAAGGGUGCACGAAUUGGAGGAACGUGAAAGGAAUCUAUUUGCCGCGCAAGGGAGAAACGAGCUGGCUCUACAAACUGCCCAACGCGACGUCAGAUACAACGAGGAGAAAGUAAAGGAGUUAGAAAGUAAAGCUAGAAAUCUGGAAAUUCAGCUUAACUCGGAAGAACAGAAGAAAGAUGCCGCGAGAAUUCAGUUCCAGGACUUCGUGAGGCGGUUAUCAGUGGCGCUCGGCGGCGACGUCAUCGACGGGACCACCAUAUCGCCGGACAUGUUGGUACACAAAGCAUCCGAAUUAGUACAAGAGACGUCAAGACUACGAAGCAAAGCUCACAACAUAAACGACACCUUGGGUUCUGUUGAACUUGAACUGAGAACUUGCAGGGAAACUUUGGAGCGGUCGAUAUCGGAUAAGGAAUGCCUUCAGAGACAGUCCGCUUCCCAAAUAUUGGAGAUAGACCGCUUGCAACAGGACAAGGACGCCCUCGAAAUGCAAUACCGCGUGACCGAAAGGGAAUUGAUGGAUCUGAAGGAGAAACUGACCUCUUCCAACAGAAGCUUAGGUUCGGCUAGUGGUAGUAUCGCUCAACAAGAAGCAUUAAUUUGUCAAUUGAGAGAUGAGAUCAAACUUAAAGACGACAAGAUUCAAAGGCUUCAAUCGGAACAAAAGCACAUGCUCGAAACUUUGGCCGUUAAAUUAAGCACCCCAUCAAGGUUUGUGGAGUCGAUCGAGGUUUCCAUAAAGGACCGAAUUCAAGAACUGAUCGCUGAGAAUCAUGAUAAGAGCGCCCAAAUCGAAAACCUUAAAGAGAAACUUCACCAAGAGGGUCAGCAGUUAUCGAGAGAGGUGUCGCUCUACGAUCAAGCCAACGCGAAAAUUCGGAACUUGGAGAACGAUAAAAAUCAUUUGGAGGCGCGCCUCCACAAAGCCGAAGCCGAGAUUAACGCUUGUGAACUGUGUCGAGACGGCUUGAAGAGAGAUAAAAUUACGUUCAUGAAUUUUUUGGAGCGCCUAGCUCGGGCGCUUCAUAUGGACGAGAUAUCCCACGACAUAGGAAUCGAUCUUCACAUGGAAUCCCUUUUACUACGUGCAGAACAAUUAGCCAGACUGGAAAGUGAUAAGUUAGUAGAUAAGCUGCUUUGCUGCGGAUAUGGAACCUUGCCGAGGCUCACUCGACGUGAGAGAUCUUUUCACGAUAUUCCAUUGUGCGAUACCGCAUUGGCGUAUCAGCUUCAACGCAGAGUGCGCACCCUGCGCGAACAAAUACAAAGGAAGGACCUUCAUUUGGAUCUGUUGCGCAGAAAGCUGUCGCUUCAAGAGGAUAGCGCGAAAAUGAAGUGCAUCCUGCAGAAUGAGAGAGAUGAGGCCAAUGCCCGGGUGAAGAAGUUAGUGAAGCAAGUGGAUCGACUUCAGAUGCAACUGUCGGAAUACAAGAAUCAAAUACGAGAUUUGAAUUCGCAGCUAGCCGAAGCUGCUGAUUAUAAGAUAACAGCUCUGGAGCGGGGCCGCAAAAUCGAAGAACUCCAAAAUCGUCUCAUCGAAUCGGAAACGCUCAGAACCAAGUACAACCGCAAGGUGACAAUUCUGAAAGACCAGAUCCGAUCGACCAGCAACACGAUCGAGCAAGAGAGAAACAUCAGCGAACAUUCGUUGCAACUGUUGCGAGACGAGCUGGCCAGAGUCAAAGACAGUUUGUCCAACGCGCAGAGACGCGAGUCGCAGUUGCAGAGCUUCAAGCAUUCCGUGGCCAAAAUUCUGGGCGUGGCGUUACCGAUGCCAGAUUAUGAACUCAUAUCGCGGCUUCAAAAGCUGGUCGAUGCCCACCACGACUUCACACUGGUAUCGAGACGGUACGACGAUCCGGUGCUGCGUUUGACCGCCCGGAGUCCCACCGGAGGAAGUAGGUGUACUAGGACUCCGGAUAGAUCUCGUUAUGACGAUUCAGGAUACACGGAUGCCGCUGAUUUGGAUGAUAUAGAUGACGAUUUGUUUAAACGACAGUCGCGGCCUAUAUGAACCGAUAACAACGAAUUCCUUUCGUGAUGUGGUCGAUUUCUUAAACAUAACUACGUACUGUGACAUGUUUGUAGCAUUCGGCGCAUUCGGAAUGCGGAAUAUUUCAUUCAUUAAUUUCAGUUUAACAUUUUUUUUACAAUUAAUUACAGUAUACUGUUACAUAUUUGAUAAUUUCGUACUAUCGUUUUUCUGC